GAGAGAAAGACUGAGAGACUGAGAUGCCAGAGACCCGAGACACUGUUGCUCUUGCUGACUUGGGUGACUGACUCGAGCUUUUUCUUUGCAGAUUUCUAUGGGACUAUUUCUAGCCCUAAUUUGGGAGUACAUGAAAUGAAGAUUGGCCCCAUCCUCUUCCAGGUGGCCUCUGGGGAUAUCACUAAAGAAACUGCAGAUGUGAUUGUAAAUUCAACAUCCAGCAAAUUUAAUCUUAAAGCAGGGGUCUCCAGAGCAAUUUUAGAAUGUGCAGGACAAGCAGUGGAAUGGGAAUGUGCUGUCCUAGGUCGACAGGGCAAACAAGAGUACAUAGUUACUAAAGGUGGAUUACUGAUGUGCAAGAACAUUAUUCAUGUUGUUGGUGAAAAUAAUGUCAAGAAAUCAGUUUCCUGCGUUCUGCAAGAAUCUGAGAAACGGAAUUACUCCUCCAUUUGCCUCCCAGCCAUUGGGACAGGAAAUGCUGGACAAGACCAUAAUAAGGUUGCCGAAGCUAUACUUGAUGCCAUUGAAGACUUUGUCCAGAAAGGAUCAGUUCAGCAUGUGAAGAAGGUUAAAGUUGUUAUCUUUCAGCCCCAGCUACUAAAUGUGUUUUAUGCCAACAUGAAAAACAGAGAAGGGUCUCAGGCUUCUCAGCAACCAUCGAUGUUAUCUAAAUUUUUCUCCCGCUUAGGCUUUUCAAAACCUCACCCACAAGAGAAACCUUUGAUUUUGGAAAAGAAAACAGAAUUGGUGGUCUUCCAGGUGUGUGGUGACAGCCAACGCUGCGUGGACCAAGCUGUCCAGUGGUUAAAGGACCUGAUCACAAAGGAGCAGUAUUCUUUCACUAACACAGAUGAGUGUCUCAGAGAUUUUGAGGAAAAGGAGUGUAACGAAUUGACUGAGCUGCAGAAGAGAUUAAAUAUUAUCAUUGCUCUGGACCAGAAGAGACCUUUCAUGGAGGUUUCGGGAAUUAGUAGAGAUGUGAUGGAGGCUAGAGAUAAAAUUGAGGAGAUGAUUAAGAAGGCAAGAUUGGCCAGAGAAGAAGCAAAGAGGGCAGACUGUGUUAGUGAAUUUAUAGAAUGGCAAUACGAUGACAAUAACACUCCUCAUCCUUUUGACAAAAUAACCAAUCUGCAAUUGGAAGAUGCAAGGAAUAGAAAGAACAAGAGCAUCGAUAUCAAAAUUAACAAUCAGUGCUACACGGUGGACCUGGAGACCUGCAUUGCCACAAGUCAAGGUGGACACAGUUUCACUGUUAAGCGCCUCACAAAAUUCGAAGUUACCCUUCCUGCGUACUGGAGUGACAUGAAUCAGCAGAAUCUCUGUGUGGUCCUGCUGCAGCCUUGGGACCAGGAAUUCAUCACUGUGGCAGGAAAGUUUAAACAGACUUGCCCAAAUUUUGUCAUUGAGAAGAUUGAGAGGAUCCAGAAUCCAGAUCUCUGGUAUUGCUACCAGGCAAAGAAAAAAGCCAUGAAUGCCAAGAAUGGCCAGCGCAUCAAUGAGAAGCUUCUCUUCCACGGGACAGACGUCGGCUCGCUGCCUCACGUCAACAGGAAUGGGUUUAACCGCAGUUAUGCGGGCAGGAAUGCUAUGGCAUUUGGAAAGGGAACCUAUUUUGCUGUCAAUGCCAAUUAUUCUGCCAGUGACACAUACUCAAGCCCAGAUCCACGUGGGAGAAAGCAUAUGUAUUACGUGCGAGUACUCACUGGAAAGUACACACAGGGGAACAGCUCAUUGAUUGUGCCUCCUUCAAGGGACCCUCAAAAUCCUACUGACCAGUAUGACACAGUCACAGAUAAUGCGAAGAACCCAACUAUAUUUAUGGUAUUUUAUGACUACCAAGCAUACCCGGAGUACCUCAUCACUUUCAGAUGUUAACUUUUUGGUUUUCUUCCUGAGACAUCAUAUGUAACUCCUGGGAAACAGGUUCGCCCCACCCCACUGCUAACCACUUUUUCCAAGACCAGAACAUCCCUUUUCCUUUUCCUCCUCCACCCUUCUUUGCCAUGGUGGGGAUCAAACCAGGGCCCUGUGCAUGCCAGCCGAGCACAGCACCACCGAGCUCUACCCUCAGCCUGAAAGGUCCUCCUUUGUCACUGAAAUCAACUUCCCUCAGCCUUUUCUUGGAACCUAUCUUGAGAACAAAUAAAUUUGAGAAUAUGAGAUAACAAAA